AUGUCUAGCCACUUCAUGAUUUGGAAUGCCAAGGGCAUUGCAAAUUCUCGCACCCAGGGCACUCUGAAGAACAUGAUUGAUAUGUACAGUGUGAUAUUUGCAGCUGUGAUCGAGCCUCAGACCGAUCCCCGACCUUCUUUUUACAGUAGGCGGUUUGGCCUUCAGUUUGGGUGUGCGAAUAUCAGCCGCAAGAUUUGGAUUUUUGCACAUAGAGACUGGGAGAUUGAGGUGGUCGACGACUCGGACCAGGUCCUGCAUGUGAGAGUUACGGCCGCCAUCUUUCCGGUUCCCAUUCACCUCUCGAUUGUGUAUGCCAAGUGCACUAGGGUGGGCAGAUAUAGCUUGUGGGACAAGCUCAGAGAGAUUUCCCUGUUGACAGAUGGAUCACCUUGGCUCGUUGGAGGUGACUUCAACACCUUCCUCACGGAGGAUGAGCGACGGGGUGGCACAGCAGAGAGACACGGUGAGAUGAUGGAUUUUGCAGAUGCGAUUGCAGAUUGUCAGCUUUUUGAUCCUGGCUUCGAUGGUCCUGAUUUUACUUGGACACGAAACGGGGUCUGGGAGAGAUGUGAUGAGGGAUGGUGA